AUGAGCAGUAGAAGUGGGUCAGUCUCAGAUGUGGGUGAAAGGGUGAAGAGUUGGUUGGAUUCGCAGGCAAAUGCCGUUAGCUCGGAGAUGGUUAAUGAAAACAACGGCAACGACAAUCUAUACGGUACUUCCCGCCCUAGGGGAUCUCUCGAAGACGCCGUUGAGAAUCAUCUACACGUUACUGAUCCUGUGCUCGCACCGGAACCCCGACGCUUUCGUGAGCCAGCCUCGCUGCAGCAAGAGUUCACGCCGUUCACCCAGAAACUCACGCAGGUGCAGAUCGCAGCGCGGCAGGUGUUGGGAAAAGACCUGCCCACAUUCGGCGGAAAUCCGGAGGAAUGGCCGGUAUUUAUAAGUAACUUCGAGCAGUCAACGGACACCUGCGGGUACUCGGAUGCGGAAAAUCUAGUCCGCUUCCAACGCUGCCUGAAGGGCCACGUCAUGGAAUCGGUGCGAAGUCGGCUACUCCUGCCUGCGAGCGUACCACACGUCAUUAAGACCCUGCGCACGCUGUAUGGAAGACCGGAACUCAUCAUUCGAUCGCUGAUGAACAAAAUUCAGCAAGUGCCUCCACCAAGACACGAUCGCUUGGAAACACUAAUCAACUUCGGCCUUUCCGUACAAAAUCUAGUGGACCACCUCAAGGCUGCCAGCCAGCAAAGCCACCUGUUGAACCCCGUAUUGCUGCAGGAGCUAGUAGAGAAACUGCCAGGAUCGAUGCGACUGGACUGGGCAAUUUUCAAGAACAAAAGGCAAGCACCAAAUCUUGAAACCUUUGGAGAAUUUAUGUCCGGCCUGGUGACCGCUGCAAGCGAAGUCUCUUUCGAAUUUCCUGGACUGAGUUGCACAUCGAAAAGUGACAAGUGGAAAUUAGGUGGAUCCGGUGUCGUUCAUACACACUCUGCUGAUCGAACGCUUCCUGUGGCGCCCGAUGGUUCUUCUAACAGCUCGAAGGCAGACAGGCCCUGCUGGGCGUGUGGGAGAACUGGCCACCGCGUGGCGGACUGCCACCAGUUCAAAGCUGCCGAUUUGGAUAAGCGCUGGAAAUUGGUCCAUGAGAAGGGAUUGUGCCGCACAUGUCUCAAUAGCCAUGGCAAAUGGCCAUCUUGGAACGGAUGUGGGAUCGAAGGUUGCCGGCAGAAACAUCAUAAUCUUCUUCACUCUCCAGCCCAGUCCCCGGAACACUUGGGCGUUUCAGCAAACCACGUAUCUUCUGGAGGUCUUAAGUGGCCGCUCUUCCGCAUCGUACCCGUAGUGCUCUCUAGCAACAACAACAGCCAAACAAUAUUCGCCUUUAUCGAUGAGGGUUCCUCCUACACAUUGGUGGAAGAAUCUGUGGCCUCACAAUUAGGGAUCAAGGGUCGACCAGAGCCACUCACACUGCAAUGGACCGGGAACGUAAAGCGGCACGAACCAAAAUCGCAGCGUAUACAAUCUAAUAUUUGCGGGAAGGGUUGUAACGCACAGUACAAACUAGCUGAUGCUCGUACUGUAAGUCGUCUAGUGCUGCCAUCCCAAACACUCAAAUAUGGAAGUCUCGCACAACGCUUCCCUCAUCUACGAGGUCUCCCGCUGCAAGACUAUGAGCUAGUGCAACCCAAAUUGUUAAUAGGACUGGACAACCUGAGACUGUGCGUUCCCCUGAAGCUACGAGAAGGAGGACCCACGGAUCCGAUUGGUGCUAAGUGUCGGCUGGGGUGGAGCAUCUACGGAUGCAUCCCUGGGCAAAGAACUCAGAAGGCAAUUGUCAAUUUCCACGUCGCAGCAGUAGCCGAUCCCGAUCGGGAACUGAACGAGCAGUUUCGAGAUUUCGUCACUCUAGAGAACACUGGUGUUUCAGGAUCACUCGAGAUUCCAGAAUCCAACGACGAUAAGCGUGCGAGAGAGCUGCUGAUGAACACAACUCGUCGCAUACCUGAUGAGCCCGGCUAUGAAACUGGACUUCUUUGGAGGACAGACAACCCUCUUUUCCCUGACAGCUACCCAAUGGCUGUACGUAGACUGGAGGGACUGGAACGGAAGCUUCAAAAGGAUCCGAAUUUGAAGAAACGAGUCCACGAACAGAUUUUGGAUUACGAGCGAAAAGGCUACGCUCAUAGGGCCACUAUUUCCGAACUGACAUCCGUUGAAGCCGAUCUGGUAUGGUAUCUUCCCCUGGACGUUGUAACGAACUCUCGCAAACCCGGAAAGAUUCGACUGAUCUGGGACGCUGCAGCCAAGGUGGGUGAUGUUUCGUUCAAUUCAAGAUUACUAAAAGGCCCAGACCUGCUGACUCCCCUCCCGAGAGUUUUGUACCAGUUCCGUCAGUAUCCGGUGGCCGUCUGUGCAGAUAUAAUGGAGAUGUUUCACCAAAUUAGGAUACGAACACCCGAUUGCCAAUCUCAACGGUUCUUGUUUCGCGAGAAUCCUUCAGACCCACCUCAAGUGUAUGUUAUGGAUGUGGCAACAUUCGGCGCGACUUGUUCUCCAGCAUCGGCGCAGUUCAUCAAAAAUCUAAACGCUGAUGAAUUUUCAAACGAUUUUCCUCGUGCUGCUGUUGCUAUCAAGUAUCACCACUACGUAGAUGACUACUUGGACAGCUUUGAGUCGGUUAAUGAAGCGGUUGAGGUUGUGAACGAGGUCAAGCUAGUACACUUGAAGGGUGGAUUUACUCUUCGGCGUUUCCUAUCGAAUUUCCCUGAGGUUUUACACAAAGUCGGAGGAAAUGAGGAACCAGAAUCCAAAAACCUAGAUCUGGAGCGUGGAGAACAAUCGGAAUCCGUACUUGGCAUGAAAUGGGUGCCAUUAGAGGAUUUGUUUUUGUAUGCCUUUGGUUCGAGAGAAGAUCUCCAACAUGUACUACUUGAGCAACACAUUCCUACCAAGCGAGAGAUUGCCCGGGUGGUCAUGAGCUUAUUUGAUCCCCUGGGCUUCAUUGCAUUCUUUCUGGUGCAUGGCAAAAUCCUCCUCCAGGACAUUUGGGUGAAAGGAACCGAAUGGGACGAGAAAGUACCCGAUGACAUAUACGAAAAAUGGCGGCAAUGGGCAAGUUUCUUCGAGCACCUGAAUCAACUUCGUAUACCAAGGUGUUACUUCCGAUCUCCAUUCCCAAAGAACCUCGGUACUCUUCAACUACAUGUCUUUGUUGACGCCAGCGAAGCAGCGUAUGCCUGUGUAGCAUAUCUACGUCUAGAAACAGAUGAUGGCAUACAAGUAUCACUUGUUGGAGCAAAAGUCAAGGUAGCACCGCUAAAGACACUCUCAAUUCUGAGACUUGAGUUGAAGGCUGCUGUGUUAGGAACUCGAAUUCUGGAAAGCGUCCAGGCCCAUCAUACAUUCCCAAUUGGCCGUCGUUGCUGCUGGGGUGAUUCGGGAACCGUACUUGCGUGGAUUCGUUCCCAAGACCAUAGACGUUACCACAAAUUCAUUGCGGUUCGCGUUGGCGAAAUUCUGCUGUCCACAGAGCCGAACGAAUGGAGAUGGGUCCCCUCUAAAGAAAAUGUAGCUGACCUCGCAACAAACUGGGGUAAUGGUCCACAAUUGAAUAUGGACAAUCCCUGGUUCCAUGGACCAAACUUCCUGCAUACGCCCGAGGAGAGUUGGCCACGGCAGAAAAGGAUAAAUCCUACAGAAGAAGAAUUGAAACCCGCUCGAUGA